GUUAGCGUUCGUUGUCCAGAAGCUUCGCGCCGUCACACAGAAGACAAUCAGUCUUUUUUCUAAAUCUACACAUCUUUGAUAGCUAACAUGGCUAAAGAAAUGACAUUACUUUGGGGUUCGGGCUCUCCACCAUGUUGGAGAACCAUGAUCGCCUUGGAGGAGAAAAACCUUCAGGGUUACAAUCAGAAACUCCUGUCCUUUGAGAAAGGAGAGCAUAAAUCGAAAGAGGUCAUGGACAUUAACCCAAGGGGGCAGCUUCCUGCAUUCAAGCACGGAGACAACAUGCUUAAUGAAUCAUAUGCUGCUUGCAUGUAUCUUGAGAGUCAAUUCAAGUCCCAGGGUACUCAGCUGAUCCCUGAGAGUGCUGCAGAGCAGGCCCUGAUGUAUCAACGCAUGUUUGAGAUUCUCACCCUGCAGCAGAAACUGGCUGAUGUUAUCUACUAUAACUGGCGAGUGCCGGAGGGAGAGAGACAUGACUCUGCACUGAAGAGAAAUAAGGAGGCUUUGACCGCUGAAUUGCAGCUAUGGGAAAGCUACCUGCAAAAGAUGGAGACAGGUUCAUACCUAGCAGGGAAAAAAUUCACAAUGGCUGAUGUUGUUGGAUUCCCUAAUGUUGCCUAUGCUUUCCGUUUUGGGCUGUCCCCAGAGAAAUUUCCCAGACUUGGUGAGUAUUACAACCUGGUGAAGGAUCGACCCAGCGUUAAAGCCAGCUGGCCUCCACACUGGCUGGAGAACCCGAAGGGAAUGGACACUCUAAAAGACCUGUGAAGGCCCAAAGUGGCCCUGUAGGAAGCAGCAAACUUCAGUCCUGUUAAAAAUGUACACUCAGAUCCUUACUUUACAACUACCAACUUCAGUUAAUGCAGGGUCCUUUUUAAUUUUUUUCUUUUCAGACCUUUUCCUUGUCUGUAUUUCUGAGUUUCUAACAGAAUAUCCUAUUUCUGGCCAGAACCCAAAAGACUGGUUUCUCAGACAAGAGUUUAGCCUUAAAUAUUCUGAAUAAGGAUCAUCUUAUCAAGAUGCAGUGUAGACCAGGAUUAGUUUGAAAAUUUGUACAGGCAGCUGAACCUUUGAGAUGAGAAAACUUCUUAUGAUAACAUAGUUGGAGAACAAUUGUUGGAGAGGAUCUGAAGCUUUCUGUUGUGUCACAGAGCAUGACGCCUGACAAUAACACAAUUUAAUGAAUAAAAAUGAUAUUGACUGAAGUUAGACAGAGUCUGAUUGGCCAUUCUGACAUUUGAGUGUUGGGCCUCAAUCUAUUAGACGGACAUUGACCUCUAUGUUUCACUUUAUAUAGAAGUCAGUAGUGUAGAAAUUAAUCAUAACUGGUUGUAAGACUAACUUUAAAAUUUUUGUGAUCUUUAACACUCUAACUUUGUGUCAAACUGUGUUUUGCAGUAACAUCCCAUGAGCCUUUGCACUUUUAUGUCUUUUUUGUUUCAUUCCUCUGUCACCAAGAUGUAUGUUAUUGUAAUCACUGUCUGAGAAUAAAAUUAAAUGGCACAGUUAACACAAGAA